AGCCAUAAAAACCAUGCACGCUGCAAUAUUGCUUGCGUGCGCGGCGUUCGCGGCGCAAGGCGCGCACGCGCAGGUCGAACGCCGGCUAGGCAACUUUAGAGAAGUGUUCGCUUGGAAACAGAUGACUUUCAAUAUCAACGGACAGACACUUCUCCAGGACCGUUCCAGCAGCGACGGGCUAGAAGAGGACAGCAGACAGAAGAGACAGACAGAUGAGGUCGUCUUUAACAACCACGAAGAGGAACCUGAGAGAAACUGGAACCUGAGGCCGAAUACAAACACUAGACCGACAUCUACGUCAACAACUAGCAGACCAACUUCACCAAAUGAUGAAGCCGGUCGAUUCUUUAUUCAGUACAACAACGUUCCUAUGGGGUUGGAGAAGGUUGGCAACAGACUGUUCAUAGCCUUGCCUAGAAGGAGGUACGGAAUCCCAACGACACUGAACUACAUAAACCUGGACCGGGAAUCGAACACGCGCUCCCCCGCUCUGACACCCUAUCCUGACCUCAGGCAAGGGCGGCGCCUGACAUCUGUUUAUCGGACGCGCGCCGACCAGUGCGGGAGGCUGUGGAUGGUUGAUACAGGACUCAUGGAGAUACCUAAUAAUCCUCAGCAGGCCCAGCCACCAGCGAUAGUCGUAUUCGAUCUGGCCACAGACACCCAGAUCCUCAGAUACCCCUUCAAGAGUUCAGAUGUACCGGCAGCCAACACUCCUACUGGCCUUGCUUCAAUCACAGUGGACGUCAUAAACGGAGACUGCUCCAACACAUACGCCUAUGUACCAGAUCUGACCACGAUCGGCAUGAUUGUGUUCUCCCUGCGAGAAAGAGACAGCUGGAGGCUGCAGCACAACUAUUUCAGCUUCAAUCCCACGGCUGGGAUUUUGAAUAUUGCUGGCCACCGGUUCCAAUGGAGUGACGGCAUCUUCAGCAUCACCCUGACCGACCCUGACUCCGCAGGCUGCAGGACAGCGUACUUCCAUCCCCUCAUCAGCACCGAGGAGUUUUCAGUAAACACCUGUGUCUUGAGGAAUAGGACAGCCAGCAGCGACAGCGACUAUUUCCAGAGGUAUUCGGUGGUAGGCAACCGCGGUGAGAACUCCCAAUGCACGAUGCACGACUACCACUCCGCGUCCAACGUAAUCUUCUUUGCCGACAUCGGUCGUAACGCUGUGUCUUGCUGGAAGACCUCCAACAUCCUGAACCCUGGCAACGUGGCUGUGCUCGCUCAGGACAGCACUAGGAUGAGCUACCCUUCAGAUCUUCACGUGACAGACGACGAAGUGUGGGUGAUGGCGAACACUCUACCCCGCUUCGGGUACUCGCGUCUCGACCCCGACCAAUACAACUUCUACGUCUACAGGGGAAACGUGAACGACCUGAUAACGGGAACAGUAUGCGAUGGACGCACUCCCUUCGCUGGCUGAAGAUAAGAUAA